CAGCUGAUACGCCACCUACUGCAAAGCUGAGCUGACAGUCGGAGCAAUGCUAGCAGCAUUUCCAUUCCAACAUCGUGCCGGAGCUUAAUAAAGGUGCUUUUUUAAAAAGAAAAAAAAAUUCUUUUUUCAAGCUGACAAGAACAAAGCAAGAUAGCUGGCUUUUUGUCCUUGCUUUGAUAAUGGAGAGAAAAAUAAGCAGAAGAGAAAAUGAAUGCGAAGAAAAACACAGCAACUCCGAAGGCUCUGAGCAAGACAAGGACUAUAAAACGUCUCUGAUUACUCUGAAUGUUGGUGGCUAUCUAUACAUCACACAAAAACAGACACUAACCAAGUAUCCAGAUUCUUUUCUGGAAGGGAUCAUAAAUGGUAAAAUAAUGUGCCCGUUUGAUGCAGAUGGUCAUUACUUCAUAGACAGAGAUGGACUCCUUUUCAGACACAUUCUCAACUUCCUACGAAAUGGAGAACUUCUUCUACCAGAAGGAUUUCGAGAAAAUCAACUUUUGGCACAAGAAGCGGAUUUUUUCCAGCUUAAGGUACUCUCGGAUGCAGUGAAAUCAAAGUGGGAGAAGGAACAGCUAGCAUCUCGGGAGACUACUUUCCUGGAAAUAACUGACAGCCACGACCGUUCACAAGGACUUAGAAUCUUUUGUAAUGCUCCUGAUUUCAUUGCAAAAAUAAAAUCCAGAAUUGUACUGGUGUCCAAAAGCAGGCUGGAUGGAUUUCCAGAGGAGUUUUCUGUAUCUUCAAAUAUUAUUCAAUUCAAGUACUUCAUAAAGUCUGAGAACGGUACACGGCUGGUACUGAAGGAGGACAACACCUUUGUCUGCACCCUGGAAACUCUUAAGUUUGAGGCUAUAAUGACAGCUUUAAAAUGUGGAUUCAGAUUGCUGACCAGUCUGGAUUGUUCGAAAGGGUCAAUUGUUCACAGCGAUGCACUUCAUUUUAUCAAGUAAUCACAAAACCAAAGGAAACGAGCAUGCAGCCAGUAAGCCUCCGUGACCUGCAGCCUCCUGGCAUCACGAUAAUAUAUCUAACUAGCCUUGUACCACAGAGCUGGCUGCUGAUCAAUUGCUGUGAGCUAAUGGUAUGUAAAUCUCACAAUGACAUCCAUCUCUGGCUUACUUAAGCUGAAAGAAAAUGUUAUGUCUGACUUUAAUAAAAUUAUCUGCUAAACAUUGUAAACACAGACUGAAUGCUUUAUGCUGUUUGUAAUACAUGUUUUCUGGAUGCUGUCUUUCAACCAGUCUCUAGCUGAAUCUUUGUGUACUUGGGUGAUUAACAUGCAUACACCUAACUGCUCUGCUGAACAGCAAGUAGUGAAAGCAUUUUCAUAUAAUAAGCAGGCUUAAAAUAUGUUUUGCUUACAACAAAUUCAGAGUGGAUUUUAACUGGAAUAAAUUAUUUUAAAUGUUCAUUAGUCUUUAUGCUAAUCUAUUGUACUGAAUUUGCAAAAAAGGGUUUAAGAUUAACCAACUUGAUUUUAAAGUUAAAUGAUUUCUCAAUUCACUUAAAACUAAACUUACGGCUGUGUUAUUACAUUAAUAAAAAUUGCCAAAGCAUGUAAACCAACAAAAUAAUGUAAGGAGGGGGGAAUUCAUUCUAUUACUGGAAAUGAGUUGAAUCUGCACAGAAUGUUAAAUUUUCUAAUUAUAUAUACAUCUCAAAUGUCUAAUAAAAAUAUUUGACAUAAA